CAAGACUGCGGUCCAUCUGUAGAGGGCUGCUCGCUCCCGGUGCGACCGUAGCUUCCUGGCUGCCUAGGUGCCCGGCCCCGCGAACGACCCUCAACCUGGGCAUCAUGCACCCCCGGUCAGUGACCUCGGCGGCCUCGGUUGAUCUUUAAAUAAAACAAAAAUCUAUCAAGUAAAGGGCUUUCGUGAAGAAAUUAAAGAGAUAAAUAACAAGUAAUAGAGAAACCAGGCAUUUGUAUACUGGAGAAACCACCUCAAACAACUGUAUGGAGUAAAACGAAAGGAGUGAAUACAUCCAGAAGUAAUUUUGCUUAGUAUGAUAUUUUUGCCCACUUUUCUUGUCAUCAACAGAUGCUAAGGAAGAGAGAAUAUCAUUUUCUAGAAAGAGAAAAAGUGUAACAUAAAAAUGGAGACCACAGUGUCUGAAAUUCAAGUAGAAAGCAAAGAUGAGAGGGGAUCAGCAAAAGUUAGUCCUCAGGAUGAGAGGCAGGAGGAAAAAGCAUCGAUGCUUUGCUUCAAGAGAAGAAAGAAAUCAGCCAAAGCAGUGAACCCCACAGCUGGCUCUGAGGCUGCUGAUGUGGCAAGGACACGUUCCCCAGAAGCAGGAACCUCUGAUCAGCCACCGCCCCCCGGGGGGGCCUGGGCCUCCAUCAAACAUCUUGUAACACGCAGGAAAAGGUCAGAUUCUUCAAAGCAGCAAAAGCCCUCUGAGGCUAAAGUGCAACCUGAAAUCAAUGCUGAGGAUGUUGAUCUUUCUAAAAAAAGGGCAAAAUCCAGACUUAAGAUUCCCUGCAUAAAAUUCUCAAAGAGGGAGAAAAGAAGGAAUCAUUCCAAAAUUAUAGAAGAUGCAGACUGUAGCAUCAGAGUUCAUGGAGACGCUGAAAGUUUGGAUACAAAACCUGUGACCCAAUCAGGUGACCAGGCAACAAAGACCAAGUCGAUCCAGGAUGUAAGUGGAGGUGUCUCACAGAAAGGGGGUGAUGAGGUCUGUGAAUCAAAUGUGAGCAACGGCGUCACUUCUCCUGGAGAAGUGAUUGCAGUAGAACUUCAGUUAGAUCCAGAGCAUUCUGCUAUUCAAACAGGAACUCUAAUCCUUGAAAAGGAGAUUGAAAAGAUUGAGGAAAAACAAAGUGUCCAACCCCAGCAAGCAAGCCCACUUGAAACUUCAGAAACAGAACAUCAGCUACCACUGGUUUCUGAUUCUGCCCCCUCACCUGCAAUUCCAGAUCAACAAAUUGUGGACGAAGCCAGAAACAAUGUCCUAGAAAGUGAACCAAAUUGGAAAGACCAUGAAAGUGGAGAGAUUGUAGCUGAAGAGAGUAAACCAGAAGAUACUGAAUUGAGCCAGGAAUCAGAUUUUAAAGAAACGGAGAUCAGUGCAGAGAAACCCAAACCAGAAGAAAGCAAAAGAAUGGAGCCAAUUGCUAUUAUUAUUACGGACACUGAAAUCAGUGAAUUUGAUGUUAAGAAAUCUAAAAAUGUCCCUAAGCAAUUCUUAAUUUCAACUGAAAAUGAGCAAGGAGGGGUUUUUGCUAAUGACAGUGGUUUUGAGGGUAGAACUUCAGAACAAUAUGAAACACUCUUAAUAGAAACAGCUUCUUCUCUUGUCAAGAAUGCUAUCCAGUUGUCUAUAGAACAGCUGGUUAAUGAAAUGGCCUCUGAUGAUAAUAAACAAUCUUCUACAGUGACUUAAUUUCCACAUCAUGGGAGGGAAAACAUUUUUUAAAAUUAUUUUACGUAUUUGUGGCAUUUCUUAUACAGUAACAAAUGAGAGAUUUUCAUCAGUGGAAUUUAAAGGUACAAUUCCAGCACAGAAGUGCUAAAGAAUUAAUCAAGUUUAUAAAACCCUUCCUGCACUAAAAUGCAGUCACUUCUGGAUUGGAGGAAGUCAGUACAGAUUGCAAUGCAAAGUGACAUACACGGAGUUGCUAAAUGGCAGGCAUGUGGAGAUUGGGGUGUCUGGGAGAAGGAAGAUAUGUUUAUUGAGCACUUACAGUAUGCCAUAAUCACUUUACUGUCCUCUGAUGUCACAAAGCCUGAUUUCCUUUUGAUAGUUUAAUCCUGUGUAUAGGUUAAUACUGCAUUCAGUUUUCAAAAGCUUUUUUGUUGUUGCAGUACACAUUUAUGUUGUUUAAAAUGGUGAGAAAGGUAAGUUUUUUAGUGUGAAUGUAUGAUUUAUAGUUGUUACACUCCUAGGCAGUAGUCUUACCUCAAAAAAAUAUUGCAUUUUUCCAAUUUCAGCAGAAUGUGCAGAAUAUGCUUGUUGAAUUAAACACGUGAUUUUCUAGUUUUGCUCACGUCCCUUACAAAAGCCAUUCACAAGUUACCUCAAACCUGCAAAUAAUUACCAAGGGCAAAGCUGUGGAAACAGGGAGUGCAUUUUCCCUCUCCAUCUUUCUUUUGCUCCAGAGACCUGUAUAAAUCCAUUUCUGCAUAGGCUCAUCUGCUGAAAAGUUAGAAACAACAACAAAACAAAAAGGGGAAUAUUAUUUUUCAUCCAGGAGAAGACAAACUUCCCAAGUAACAAGUUGUCACAGAUAACAUGGAUUCCUCUUGCAGGAUUACUUCUUUAGAGACGAUGUUCAUCAACUCUUUUCAAAAUGGGGAGAGUGGAUUCAAAGCCAGCCUGGCAAUAAAAGUCCUAGGAAAUCAUAAUUUAGUGAAAAUGUUAUUCAUUCUUGACCAAGAAUGAGCCAAGUACAAGGGUGAAGAGAAAGUGAAAAGUUACGUGCUAAAGCACAUUUAAAUGUCAGUCUUCUUUCAUUGUGCCUGACACCAGGAAAAAACAUUUUACAUGGACACUGAAAAUGAACUUCAUAUAACAAGGGCUUAUUUGCAGUUUAUUCAGUUAUUAAAUCAUCGAUCUCAUCAAUGAUUGCUUUUUUUUUUUUUUGAGAAAGUGAUUCUAUUUCAGUUUUUUCUUGUGACCAUAAUACUAUUAUAUGACACACUUCCCUACCUCACAGGUAUACCUACACAUGUAUAGUCCCCCACUGUCUAAAAUGAGUAACAGUGUUACUCUGAAAGUAGAUGAAGUAAUGAAGAGCUUUCACUUGAGUUAUAAGGUGUUUGUUAAAGAGUACUUGUACAUUCUUAGAGAAAAGAAUAUACAUUGGAUGAUUUUAAAUGAUCUGGUGACUUCUUGAAUUACUUAUGGAUUGCAUGUAAAAAGUAUGUGCAAAUUUAUCCUGUAGAAUCUCUUUUGUUUCUGUAAGUACGUAUUGAGACCUCUGGCAGAAGAACCUAAUCUGAGUUUGGAACUGAACUAAAUGAUGGAUAAUAUUAGCAAGAUUCUUUGCUGAAAUGCAAAAGUAUUCUCCCAAAUUUUCCUAUAUAACCUUGGGUUUGGGGUGACCCACCAAAAUCUUUCAAUUUAGCAAGGUGAAAAGUGGAUCUUUCAAAACGCAUGACGCAAGAAAUCAAUUUCUUUUAAUUGUAUAACUUUUAAACAUUAAGAAAAGACUGCUAUGUCAUCCUCCCUAAAAAUACUUUUUAAUUCACUAUAUGUGGUGCUAAUGGACUUGGACAGCUACCAAUAAAUAUCAUAUUUAAAAGUGAACAAUUUAAAAACCUAAAGUUGGUGCAUUUUACAGUGUUCUGAAAAAUUCUGCCUUCAUUUACUGCAAGAAUGGCUCAAGCCAAUAUACUUGCAUUGUAAGUUUUUAGUAACCUCUCAUUUGAGCAAAAAGCACAGCACUUAACAGUUAUUGAAAAUAUUUUGAAAGGUUUUGGCAUAUUUAUUUGGGAGUUAUAAAAACAUACUAGGUAAAUAUGUGUGAUGAAUUUAUUUUUUGUUCAGAAAGUAACAUUUUAUCUAGUCCUGGGUUUCUAUUAUUCCCCCGCCCCCCC